CAGCAUCGAAUUAACCGAGAUCGGAGGCUGCUCUGCGAAAAAGUUGACAUUUUUACUCGUGGUGAACUGUGCCUUCUUCAAGAUAUUCUUCCCGAUGGCUUGGUUUAGGGCGGUCUCAGGAGUGGCUAGGUCAGCAGUUGGAAGAAACAUAGCUCGAUCGUCGCAUCUGAUUGCGAGGGCCGGACUGGUGCCCCCUCCGCCGUCCCGGGGUUUCCGCACCAGUACCCUACUGCGCAAGGCUGAGUCUACUGCUCCGAUCCCUCGUCCCGUGCCACUUUCGAGGUUGUCAGAUAGUUUCCUCGACGGCACUAGUAGUGUCUACUUGGAGGAGCUUCAGCGGGCCUGGGAGGCCGACCCUAACAGUGUCGAUGAGUCGUGGGAUAAUUUUUUUAGGAACUUUGUAGGCCAAGCCGCCACCUCGCCGGGUAUCUCUGGCCGGACCAUCCAGGAGAGCAUGCGGCUGCUUCUGCUGGUCAGGGCCUACCAGGUCAAUGGCCACAUGAAGGCUAAAUUGGAUCCUUUGGGAUUGGAAGUGCGUGAAGUCCCUGAUGAUUUGGAUUUGGGUUUCUAUGGAUUCUCAGAAGGGGACUUGGAUAGGGAGUUCUUCCUUGGUGUCUGGAGGAUGGCCGGCUUCUUGUCGGAGAAUCGCCCUGUGCAGACUCUCCGUGAAAUCUUGAACAGGCUGGAGCAGGCAUAUUGUGGUAACAUUGGAUAUGAGUACAUGCACGUCCCUGAUAGGGAGAAGUGCAAUUGGUUGAGGGGCAAAAUUGAGACCAUGAAACCACUGAAUUAUAGUCGAGAACGUCGUGAAGUUAUUCUUGAUAGGCUCAUUUGGAGCACUGAGUUUGAGAAUUUUCUGGCUACCAAGUGGACUGCUGCAAAGAGGUUUGGCCUUGAAGGUGGGGAAACCCUGAUUCCAGGGAUGAAGGAGAUGUUCGAUAGAGCAGCUGACAUGGGGGUGGAGAGUAUUGUUAUUGGGAUGUCUCAUAGAGGAAGGCUAAAUGUGUUGGGCAAUGUUGUGAGGAAGCCUUUGCGCCAGAUUUUCAGUGAAUUCAGUGGUGGCACAAAACCUGUGGAUGGGGAAGUAGGAUUGUACACUGGAACUGGUGAUGUAAAGUACCAUUUGGGUACUUCAUAUGAUAGGCCAACUAGAGGUGGAAAAAGGAUUCAUUUAUCCUUAGUUGCAAAUCCAAGUCAUUUGGAGGCUGUUGAUCCAGUUGUAGUUGGGAAGACACGAGCAAAACAAUACUACUCCAAUGAUAUUGAUAGGACAAAGAACAUGGGUGUAUUGAUCCAUGGGGAUGGAAGUUUUGCUGGACAGGGUGUGGUUUAUGAAACUCUACAUCUUAGUGCCCUCCCAAACUACACUACUGGUGGAACAAUUCACAUUGUAGUCAACAAUCAGGUUGCAUUCACCACUGAUCCUACAUCUGGAAGGUCUUCUCAGUACUGCACUGAUGUUGCCAAAGCCUUGAAUGCUCCUAUCUUUCAUGUGAAUGGAGAUGAUAUGGAAGCUGUUGUUCACGUUUGUGAGCUUGCUGCAGAAUGGCGACAAACAUUCCAUUCUGAUGUGGUAGUUGACAUUGUUUGCUACAGACGAUUUGGCCAUAAUGAGAUUGAUGAACCCUCCUUCACCCAACCUAAGAUGUAUCAGGUGACUCAUCUCUCUAUAAAUUUUAGUUUCUCCCGUAUAUACUGCUAUGAGUAGGCUAGACGAUUUUCCCCUAUAUUGU